AUGUUUACCACUUCCAUUAAACACAUACGAUCCACUGGCAUACUAAAGAGGUCACUCACUACCAGUACGAUUUUGCAAAAUGCUGCAACCACUGAAGCAAAAGCCACUUUAAUAGAAUCAUCGUGCAAAGCAGGAACACCAUUGAACUUGAAAAUUUUUAAAAAGGGAGAUGAACCUGUUGCUAAAGAGGACUCAGAGUACCCAGAAUGGCUUUGGACUAUGAUUGACCCUAAAAACAAUUUGGAUAACAUCAAGAAUGAAAAUUUCCUCAGAUGGAGGAGAAUUAAAUUGCAAAAAGAAAAUAACAAGAUUAUAAGGAACAACAACUUCUUGUCGAAAAUAUAG